AUGGUGGGGGAGCCUGCGGUGACACUGAAGGAUCUGAGCGGGUACCAGCUGGGGAAUCAGGAGUCAGGAUUUCCCAGCAAAGGCAGUGAGGAGAGGCUGGAGGGUUUUGAGCCGGGGGUGUCAGGGCCCGUCUGUAUCUUGGAAAGUUCCCUUUGGCCCCAGAGUGUCUCUGUGGUGCUGCUGCUUCCUCUGCUGCUGCCACUGGGGCCAACCUGGCAUGCAGCUGCCCAGCGCUGCCCACAGACCUGCAUCUGUGACAAUUCCAGGCGGCAUGUUGCCUGCCGGCACCAGAACCUCACCGAGGUGCCGAAUGCCAUCCCUGAGCUGACCCAGCGGCUGGACCUCCAGGGCAACAUGCUGAAGCUGAUCCCCCCAGCUGCCUUCCGGGACCUGCCUUACCUGACACACCUGGACCUGCGGCACUGCCAGGUGGAGCUGGUGGCCGAGGGUGCCUUCCGAGGCCUGGGUCGCCUGCUCCUCCUCAACCUGGCUUCCAACCGCCUGAACGCGCUGCCCCAGGAGGCGCUGGACGGGCUAGGCUCGCUGCGGCGGCUGGAGCUGGAGGGGAACCUGCUGGAGGAGCUGCGGCCGGGGACGUUCGGGGCGCUGGGAGCGCUGGCCACGCUGAAUCUGGCCCACAACGCCCUCGUCUACCUGCCUGCCAUGGCCUUCCAGGGGCUGGUGCGCGCCCGCUGGCUGCAGCUGUCCUACAACGCGCUCAGCGUGCUGGCCCCCGACGCCCUGGCCGGCCUGCCCGCCCUGCGCCGGCUCAGCCUGCACCACAAUGAGCUGCAGUCCCUGCCCGGGGCGACCUUGUCCCAGGCCCGCGGCCUGGCCCGCCUCGAGCUGGGCCACAACCCCUUCACCUACACGAGCGAGGAGGACGGGCUGGUGCUGCCCGGCCUGCGGGAGCUGAGGCUGGACCACGGGGCCCUGCAGGCCCUGGACCCCAGGGCCUUUGCCCACUGCCCCCGCCUGCACACCCUGGACCUCCGUGGGAACCAGCUGGAUGCCCUGCAGCCGCUGCAGGGCCCGGGGCAGCUGCGCCGGCUGCGGCUGCAGGGGAACCCGCUGCGGUGCGACUGCCGGGCUCGGCCCCUGCUCCAGUGGCUGGCGCGGGCGCGCGUGCGCUCGGACGGCGCGUGCGGGGGGCCACGGCGCCUGCGCGGCGAGGCCCUGGACGCCCUGCGGCCCUCGGACCUGCGCUGCCCCCGAGCCGGGGCGGAGGAGGAAGAGGAGGAGGUGGCGGCCGCGCGGCCCCGUGUCCCUGCCGGCACCUCCAAGGAGAAGGCUGGGGAGGCCGGGCCCUGCCCGCGCGCCUGCGUGUGCGCCCCUGAGUCCCGGCACAGCAGCUGUGAGGGCCGCAGCCUGCAGGUCGUGCCCCGCGGCUUCCCCAACGACACCCAGCUCCUGGACCUGAGGCAGAACCACUUCCCCUUGGUGCCCCGAGAGGCCUUCCCGGGCCUGGGCCAGCUGGUGUCGCUGCACCUGCAGCACUGCGGCAUCACGGAGCUGGAGGCAGGCGCCCUGGCAGGGCUGGGCAGCUUGCUCUACCUCUACCUCUCGGACAACAUGCUCUCCAGCCUCAGCGCCGCCUCCCUCGAAGGGGCGCCCUGCCUGGGCUACCUGUACCUGGAGCGCAACCGCUUCCUGCAGGUGCCAGGGGCCGCCCUGCGCGCCCUGCCCAGCCUCUUCUCCCUGCACUUGCAGGACAACGCUCUGGACCGCCUGGCACUGGGGGACCUGGCAGGCGUGCGGGCCUUGCGCUGGCUCUACCUGAGCGGGAACCGCAUCACUGAAGUGUCCCUCGGGGCACUGGGCCCCGCUCAGGAGCUGGAGAAGCUGCACCUGGACAGGAACGAGCUGCGAGAGGUGCCCACGGCGGCCCUGGAGGGGCUGCCUGCCCUCCUGGAGCUGCAGCUCUCGGGGAACCCGCUCAGGGCACUGCGAGAUGGGGCCUUCUGGCCCGUGGGCCGCUCGCUGCAACACCUUUUCCUGAACAGCAGUGGCCUGGAGCAGAUUUCUCCCGGGGCCUUCUCGGGCCUGGGGCCCCGGCUCCAGAGCCUACAUCUGCAAAAGAAUCAGCUGCAGGCCCUGCCCGUCCUGCCUGGUCUCAGCCAGCUUGAGCUCAUCGACCUCAGCGGCAAUCCCUUCCACUGUGACUGCCAGCUGCUCCCACUUCACAGGUGGCUCACUGGGCUGAACCUGCGCGUGGGGGCCACCUGUGCCGCCCCUCCCAGUGCCCGUGGCCAGAGGGUGAAGGCUGCAGCUGCUGUCUUUGAAGCCUGCCCGGGCUGGGCUGCCAGGAAGGCCAAGCGGACGCCGGCCCCCAGGCCUAGUGCCCGGAGGACCCCCAUGAGGGGAAGACGGCAGGGAGCGAACAAGGUUGGCCGGGGGCAGGUGUAG